GGCUGCCCUCUGGGCCAGUCGGCAAGUCGAGACUAAGAAGAUGGCCGCCGUGUACGGUGGUAGUGUCGCUAUUGUGUAGUGUGUCCUAAGCUUUUGGCAGCUUCUGCCGUGCGCGUUCGCGAUUACGGUAUCGCGGCGGCUGCCCUACUGCCGGGGAGGGUACCGCCGGACAUCGCGCACCCUUGCAACCGGGAAGUGCGCCGAGCUGCGACCGAAAGCGGAUUACGAGGCGCAGCAGGAAGAGGAGGAGACGGAGGCUAACGACGGCAACGGGGACGUACACGAGGACGACCGCCGAGGGCCGCCGACGACACGAAGAUGCCGAGCGCGUCGUUCUCGUCGUCGCGCAGCUACGUGCGGAGGUCGCGUCGGAAAAACGGAAACAGGAUCCCUUUGCCAUCCACGACGAGAACUACGGGCGAGGCAGGCGACGUGCCGUGUCCAGCGUCGAAUCAGAUCCCUCCAGGAGGUGGAGUUGGCGGUGGAGGCGGAGGAAGUGGUGGACGAGGCUCGUCCCCUAGUGUAUCCGGAAUAGCUGCACCCUCGCCAUCCCCAUCUCAAUCACAUUCGUCGCCAUAUGACUUGAGACGCAAGAGUCCGCCUCAUCCAGAUCCAGCGCCUGGCACGAGUUCUGCUCUACCGCCAUCAGGUGGUAGCGGUAUAGCCUCUACGGUUGGUUCCUCUUAUCUACCAGCGAGGAAACGACCUAGACGAACUUGUUCGCUGUCAACAGAUGGUAUAAACACAAACACAGCGGCGCAUUACCUCCAAUACGAGCUGCCAGAUGAGGUGUUGCUCACGAUAUUCAAUUAUCUUAUGGAGCAAGAUCUUUGUCGAGUCUCACAAGUUUGCAAGCGUUUUCAAGCGAUUGCGAACGACACAGAGCUGUGGAAGUCGCUGUAUCAACAAGUCUACGAGUACGAUCUGCCUCUGUUUAAUUCGGGGCCGUGUAAAUUCGAAUUUGUAUCACCGGACGAAUCCGAGUAUCAAAAUCCGUGGAAGGAGAGCUUUAGGCAGCUAUACCGAGGCGUACACGUGCGCCCCGGCUUUCAGGACUUGAAAUUCAAGGGUCGCAAUUUACCGUACUUCAACACAGUUCAAGGCGCGCUGGACUACGUGGAUGAGUACAGGAGCAACAGUAGCAACUCGUCGAGCGGCAGCACGGCUGCGGGCGGGCAGGGUUGCUGUAACAAUAGUAAUUCGCAAACAAACGGGGAGGACACAUCUUCUCAGCAUUUAGUCUUCUUACAUGCUGGCACAUAUAGGGGCGAGUUUCUCGUAAUUGACAGCGAUGUAGCGUUGAUAGGUGCCGCGCCAGGUAAUGUCGCGGAAUCGGUCAUUCUCGAACGUGAAAGCGAAUCGACAGUCAUGUUUGUGGAAGGUGCUAAACGUGCGUACGCUGGGCAUCUGACAUUGAAGUUCACACCCGACGUCACUAGUACAGUGCCUCAUCACAAACAUUAUUGUUUAGAGGUGGGCGAAAAUUGUAGUCCUACCAUCGACCACUGCAUCAUCAGGAGCUCUAGCGUUGUGGGUGCAGCUGUUUGCGUGUCAGGCGUGGGGGCGAAUCCACUAGUAAAGAAUUGCGAUAUAUCCGAUUGUGAGAAUGUCGGCCUUUAUGUGACUGACUAUGCACAGGGCACUUAUGAAGAUAACGAAAUCUCGCGGAAUGCGUUGGCUGGAAUUUGGGUAAAAAACUAUGCGAAUCCCAUUAUGCGCCGUAAUCACAUCCAUCACGGUCGUGACGUUGGAAUAUUUACAUUCGACAACGGGCUCGGAUACUUCGAAGCCAAUGAUAUUCACAAUAAUCGAAUAGCGGGCUUCGAGGUUAAGGCUGGCGCGAAUCCGACGGUUGUUCACUGUGAAAUUCAUCACGGCCAAACCGGUGGGAUUUAUGUUCACGAAAACGGUCUGGGACAGUUUAUCGAUAACAAGAUACAUUCGAAUAACUUUGCCGGUGUCUGGAUCACGUCGAACUCGAAUCCAACUAUUCGGCGGAACGAGAUCUACAACGGCCACCAAGGUGGAGUGUACAUUUUCGGCGAAGGUAGAGGUCUGAUCGAGCACAAUAAUAUCUACGGCAACGCGCUUGCCGGCAUACAAAUUAGGACGAAUUCCGAUCCGAUAGUUCGACACAACAAGAUACAUCACGGUCAGCACGGCGGGAUUUACGUGCACGAGAAAGGCCAGGGCCUAAUAGAGGAAAAUGAAGUCUACGCCAACACUUUGGCAGGCGUGUGGAUCACGACUGGUUCGACGCCGGUUUUAAGGAGAAAUCGGAUCCACAGCGGCAAACAAGUCGGUGUAUAUUUCUAUGACAACGGUCAUGGAAAAUUGGAGGACAAUGAUAUUUUCAAUCAUUUAUAUUCAGGAGUACAAAUAAGGACUGGCAGUAAUCCAGUAAUACGCGGCAACAAGAUAUGGGGCGGUCAAAACGGCGGUGUUCUUGUGUAUAAUAGUGGCUUAGGUUUACUCGAACAAAAUGAGAUUUUCGAUAACGCAAUGGCUGGCGUUUGGAUUAAAACCGAUAGCAAUCCAACCCUUAAACGGAACAAAAUAUUCGACGGGCGAGACGGCGGAAUCUGUAUAUUUAACGGGGGCAAAGGUGUUUUGGAGGAAAACGAUAUCUUUCGCAAUGCGCAAGCGGGUGUACUCAUUUCGACACAGUCGCAGCCAAUCUUGAGGAGAAAUCGGAUUUUCGACGGAUUGGCAGCUGGCGUUGAAAUAACCAAUAAUGCCACUGCCACGUUGGAAUUCAAUCAAAUAUUCAAUAAUCGAUUCGGUGGCUUAUGUUUAGCGAGCGGGGUACAACCGACAACUAGAGGCAAUAAAAUAUUUAAUAAUCAAGACGCGGUGGAGAAAGCGGUUGCAAAUGGCCAAUGUCUGUACAAAAUCUCGUCGUACACUUCCUUCCCCAUGCAUGACUUUUACCGUUGUCAAACGUGCAACACGACAGACCGUAAUGCGAUAUGCGUUAAUUGUAUAAAAACUUGUCAUGCUGGUCACGACGUAGAAUUCAUCAGACACGAUCGAUUCUUUUGUGAUUGCGGUGCCGGAACGUUGAGCAAUCAAUGUCAGCUGCAGGGCGAGCCUACGCAAGACACCGAUACGUUAUAUGAUAGUGCGGCGCCCAUGGAAUCGCAUACACUUAUGGUCAACUAGGAAUUAACCUAAAAUAAUUUAAACAAUCAAACAAUGUUAGAGCCAUAAGUCCAGUAAUAUUGCCGGCACAAGCGGUAAGCCGAGUUCUUUAUUAUGAUCUUUACAUUGCUUCAUUAUAUUAUAAUUGUUAUUCUUUAAAAAAAGAAUAGUCUUGUAUGACAAAUUGCUUUAUCACAAAGAUAUUUUGUUAUUGUUAAUAUGUAACACUAUAGUACUACGUCAAUAUUAUAUUAUUUCAUUUCUUUCUCUUAUCGAAAUCGCUAUUUCUAAUUUUCAUAUUAUUCAUUAUGAUUUUUUUGUCUUAUUUUUUAAAAAGUUUAUUUCAGAAUUCUUGUUACGUCAUCCGUUUGAAACGGUUAACAUAUUUUUACGGAUAAAUUACCUAUUCGCUAAUUUCCAUAUAUUUUAUUUUGAGCUUUGGUCGAUCAUUAAUUUCUUUUCUAUAGUUUAAAAUUUAUAGGACGAUUGUUUUAGAUGCAUUUUAUAUAUUACAAAUUUUAUUGCAAAUGUUAUUAUCUCUCUUUGGUUGAUUCUUGUUGAAGAAUUUUUAGAAAGAAAGAUUAUACAUUUCUUUCUGAAAUGAAAAUUAAUAAGGAACUCGGCGAUUGAAUCGCCAAGGAACGGUAGUAAUGAAAUAACAAAGAAAAUCCUCAUAUGUAAAACACGCAGUAUAAUAUUAGAUAUAUCAAAUUAAUUUAAAUGUGUAAACGAGGGAAACACUAGGCUAAUUGUAAAUUGAACUUCUUACGUGAUCCUUUUUAUCGAGGUUCUGCAAUUCCCGAAAUCUUCGUAUGACGCAGUGCUGAGCCAUGUAAAAUCGAGCGUGGAAAGAAACAUGUAUACGCCAUAAGGCCGUCUUCACAUACAUCAUUUCGUGACAUAGGUCGUUUUGAGGUCUCGUAAUACGCCCUAAUAAACUGCUUAAAACUCUAACAACAGCCGCGAUAACGUAGAUAAGACGAAUGUAAGUUCACACAGUGUGAAACAGUGUAUCCGGUAUGUAAAUUGUGUAUAUCGAACGCGAAGCAACGUUAAGAGUGGGUAAUGCAUAUAUUACCUGCUCUUGAGCAAAAGCAUCAACACCAUAAUAAAAGAGCGUAAAGUAUAUAAAUAAAAUUUGCACUCGACAGUUAUAAUAGGAGACUUAUACCAGUUAAUAAUUAUACCAGUGUAUAAAGAGACGCAAGCAGUGCGUGUUGAGUGUCACACUCGUCGGGAUCGUAAAACUAAAAACGUUAAACACAGGAAAAGAUCAGGAAAAAAAAGGGAAAGAACCGUAAAACCAACACGUCACGGAACCUCAUGAUCGUUAACAUACUAACAAGUGCAACUUCAUUGAUGGGCUUGUCGAAUCUGUGCGGUACAAAUUUCGAGGAAGAAAACGAAGAAAGAGGAGCGUGGACAUCAGCACGAUGAAGAUCUGUAAGAGACAUACCGAAACUAAUGUCUAAAAUAUGUGAUAUACAAAACUCACACAAGUGGAAUAAAUCAAAAUGAAGAUAAACAUUCUGCUAAUUUUUCGACGUAAACGUACCUCGUAAUUAACGCGUAACGGUUCCAUUAAUCGCAGUGGUGAAUUAUGUGAUGGUCCUAAGUUGCCCCGAUGGGCGAAGUGCAUAAUAAGGACGAAGUAAAUAUUCAAAGUUAAAUUAUAAAAACUAAAACGGAAAGAAUGGAAAAGUGUGUUGCGUACACGCGGAUGUGCGACGAUGUAUACCAGUGAAAAAUGAAAAAACGAAAUAGAGGAAGUUAAACGUUCGAAAUGUACUGUCCGAGGAACAGUUUUUAAAAAGUAAUCUCGAAUUUUUCAGAGUAAUCCGAUUUUUUUAAUUAUUACGUUAGUGGGUAAAAGAAGUCUAAUCGCAUUAUUGUAACUGUAAUUUUUCCGGGAGCGGUGCGCGCGCUCCCGUGCGAGAAAAGGAAGCGCCUAUUAGCGAUAUAAUUUUAGACCGAGAAAUCACCUUUAUUUACGCAAAUGAUACACAUAUAUAAAUAAGUAGAGAAGAACGUGAGGCAUCACUGUCGUAAAUUUUGUUCGAAAUUAAUAAUAUAAUUCGUUAUCGUAUGUAAGCGGUAUCUUUUAUAUGUUGUAUGCGGAAGCGCAUGAAAAUUGUUCUUGAGCUUACCGACCCGGCAGAGUAUUGUAUACAAUGUCAUAUUAUAUAUAUAUAAUGUUGUA